CGAGAGCUAUCUUUGAUUGUAAAGCAGACGAUGAUCUAGAGUUAUCUUUUAAAACGAAAGCAAUUAUUGUUGAUAUUACUAAAGCAAGCGAUGAAGGCUGGUUUGAAGGUACAUUAGAAGGUUCAAAAACUCGUGGCUUGUUCCCUGAAAAUUAUGUCGAAUUUUUUGAAGAAGAGAAACAACCGAAAGUCCCACCGAGACCUCCACCCCGGAAAACUUCAGUUGUGUCUAAAGAUUCUAAUGGAGUGAAAUCAAACAGUACGCAUUCACUCAUCAAAGACGAUCCGGUCGACGAUUCCGAUACAAUCGAAACUUCACCUCCUGAACCAAAGAAACUUUCAGCUGCUAAAUUUGCCAUCUUUGAGCAAUUGGAUAAAAGUGAUAAUGCAAAAACUUCACAAAAAUCACCACCAACAAUAAUAAAGCCAAAGGUUUUCCCGGUGAAUAGUGAAGUAUCGUCAUCGAGAUCGAUCGGAUCCAAUUCGGAACGUGAUGUGACAAUAUACACAGUUUCUGUUGAUAAAAAGAAAUCGGUUUUAGAACGUAAUACAAAAGAAUCAGGUUCUUUACCGACACAGUCUAAAGUAAAACCAGUUCCUCCAAUAAAACCUAAAAUUACUCCUCCCCCAAUUGCUCCUAAGCCGGGGAAAUUAGCUCCACCUUUACCUUCUAGGUCAUCAAGUACGAUCCUUACAAUGGAUAAAAAACCUCCUUUACCACCAAGAAAACCUUCAACUUCAAGUGUAUCUUCAAAUAAUGAAGCACCUCCACUAAUUCCUCUUAGACCAUCAUCAAAUGGUUCGGUGUCAAAUUCUUUCUUGUCUAAACAAGUUGAUAAAACAACUGCGAAAGCAAGAACAGGCACUCAAGAUGUUGCUGGCGAAGCAGCUAAACAAGGCGUAUCAAUUGGCGUUGCUCAGUUGAAAGAUGAUUUAAAACGUUCUAAAUUUGGCAACAAGAAGAUUCCUGGUCAAAAUGCAUUAUUUGAUAAAUUAGAAAAGAAUGCUCAAGAUUUAGCUAGCAAUCAAGCAAAGAAGAAAGCUGGUGAUACUUUUGACAAGAACCUUGAUGAAAUUCAAAGUAAACCGAAGCCGAACCUGCCAAUUCGAAACAAUUUAUCAAAUAUAAACAGUCAAAUAACUUCUGCGCCACGACCGUCGGUAUCUACAAGAAAUACUGAUGUUAUAAUUCCUCGUAGACCCAAAUCACAUGACAAUCAUUCUAGUGAAAAUAAUUUAUCCAAAGGUAUUCCGUCUGACGCGAGAAACCGAUAUGAGAUUAUAUAUGACGCAAAUAAAGAUGAUGAUGAUUCUAUCGAUGGUGCCGUUGUCAAAGCAAUUUAUUUGAGAAGCUGCUUAGAUAACAAAACAUUAUCUAAAAUCUGGGAUCUUCUUGAUACUGAUGAGGAUGGUCGGUUGUCAAGAAAUGAAUUUUGUGCAGGAAUGUUUUUGAUCGAUGAGCGACUAAAAGGUCAUCCUAUUCCUGAUGAAUUGCCUUAUGGAUUAUUGGAGCUCACGAUUUGA